ACCACUACUUGCUAAGAUCCCAAACUUUCCUGAGUAUUUGGAGCCAGGAAAGAAGCAUGAAGUGGCUUGUGCUCCUCGGUCUGGUGGCCUUCUCAGAGUGCGUAGUCAAAAUACCUCUAAGGAGAGUGAAGACCAUGAGAAAAACCCUCAGUGGAAAAAACAUGCCGAACAAUUUCUUGAAGGAGCAUCCUUACAGACUGUCCCAUAUUUCUUUUCGUGGCUCAAAUCUAACUACUCUCCCACUGAGGAACAUCUGGGAUAUAUUCUACAUGGGUACCAUCACCAUUGGAACACCCCCUCAGGAAUUCCAGGUUGUCUUUGACACAGCCUCAUCUGACUUGUGGGUGCCCUCCAUUUUUUGCAACAGCUCAACCUGUUCUACACACGUUAGGUUCAAACAUCGUCAGUCUUCCACCUUCCGGCUUACCAAUAAGACGUUCGGGAUCACGUAUGGAUCUGGGAGAAUGAAAGGAGUUGUUGUUCAUGACACAGUUCGGAUUGGGGACCUUGUAAGUACUGACCAGCCGUUCGGUCUAAGCGUGGCGGAAUACGGGUUUGAGGGCAGAAGAUUUGAUGGUGUCUUGGGCUUGAACUACCCCAACAUAUCCUUCUCUAAAGCCAUCCCCAUCUUUGACAAGCUGAAGAAUGAAGGUGCCAUUUCAGAGCCUGUUUUUGCCUUCUACUUGAGCAAAGAUGAGCAGGAGGGCAGUGUGGUGAUGUUUGGUGGGGUGGACCACCGCUACUACAAAGGAGAGCUCAACUGGGUACCAUUGAUCCAAGCGGGUGACUGGAGUGUACACGUAGACCGGUAAGCCUCUCCCUCUGAG